AUGGAAAUCAGCAACAUCGAAUCACCUGCGUUGCGCAUCGGUGAUCUACCGAGGUUGUAUGAAGCCACCAUUCCAGAUGAGUAUUUCCAUCUAGAUGAACAUUGUGCAUCAUCUUCGGCUUCCAAUGCAUUAGCUGACUUGGUAUCGCAAGCGUCUACCUUCAAGCAACUACAACAAGAUUGCAGUCUUGAAUCCCUUUUUAUUGAAGAUGACAACACGACACUCGAGGCAAUUUUGGAGACUGUACCCGCACGAAAUGUGGAUCUGAUCAAACUUAGGACACUGGAAGUCCUCAAAUGCUACGCACCAACAGCUGCCUCUCCUAUAUCCCUGCAAACCAAGUUAAGGCGGGUCACAAAACCGUAUGUUGACUUAUCCUACAAGAAUAUGGUGCACGAAUCUCCCGAGGCAACUGAGUUGCUGAGGGAUGUCUUUGUCACCGUUCAUGUCCACCGCCCAAUCUCUUUGUCACAACUGGACCUAGCGACACAGUCUCGUUACUUGAUUACAACGCAACAGAUUGUUCUGCUUGGAUCAAAUAAGCUGACCCAGCUACGAGAUGCUGUCAAAUGUCCUCAGGAUAAAGUCUGGUUGGGUGAUUGCAGUGAAGCACUGGAUGAUCCAAACCUCCACAUACCAGCAGAACGAUUGUAUAAGUCGUCCUACUUCUUUAUUGAAAAUACGUUUUAUGAUGACCUUCGGAGUCGGGAACAUCACAGUCUUAGUCAACCUAUUCUUGAAUGGAUCAAAACCAAACCAGAGUUCGAUUCAAAAGGCCCAUUUACUUCGGCUCCGAUGAACGAUGUACUUAUCCGUGAUUUGGUCGUUCACAUUGGAAAGCCAUACCACUAUGUCCAUCAGGGCAACUGCGAACAUGUCAUCGUGUUUACCGAUAUCAGGCUCGUUGACCGCGAUGCAUGCCAGUCACCCGAAAUGUUCCCCAUGCUAACUGGUCGUGGCUACAUCCGGUCAAUCCGGUGCUAUGUAUGCAAGCGGCUAGUCUGUCGCUGGAUUGUUUCAAAAGUGGGUACGCUACUCCCACUAGAACCAUGCCCACUCUGUGACGUUUGCCUACGGUUACUCCUCUACGAUUGCGAUGGCAAGAAGAUCUAUCCGGACAUGGUUGUUCAUAUGUUUUGUGGUGAAGAAGUGGUCGCCGUACGAGAACAAUAUCGUCUGCAUUUUCCAGAUCAACAAGGUUUUCGUCAACAGUUACGUGAACACCAGAGUUUUGAAGAGCUUCUAGCUCUGAGAAUACAAAGAACAUACUAUGUUCAUAAACUUCCGGGGUAUUUGACGGGCAAGCUUGUACAGGAGAACAGACCAGUCAACAGAGUCGAAUGCGCCGACGGUCAGUAUAACUUUCAUUAG